AUGCCGCCUUCUAGUGGGCACCUGCUGCUCCCCAAAUUUUGGAGAGCGGCUAGGUUUGCCUAUGCGAAGGUCUACAAGGCUCUUCGAACCAAGUUUCCUGAGCAAGUACAACAGGGAACUUUACGACUUCAACCCGCAUAUGCCCGCAUCGCACCCCGGCAGCCCAUCAACCGGGCUGCCGCUAUCCGCCAGGCGCGAAGCCGUCAUUUCUCCACUCGUGCAAGCAGCUUCGUUUCGUACAUCCGCACUGGGCUCCAGGGGGAUCGGGCAGCGUAUCAAACAUCUCGCGUAGCGGCCAACAUCAGUCGCUUGACCUCGCGGGCUCCGUUCGCCUCGACUCUUCGGCCAAACCUGACUGGUGGCACCUUAGGUCGAACCGCAGGUGGAUACGCUAUUGGCGCUGGUCGAGUUGGUGGUGCGCGGUACUUCUCUCAUGGCCCAGCUGCGCCCGCUCAGGUGAUCAACAAUGUAUCCGUGGGAGUGCGCGCCUUCUUCCUGUCGGGACAGAAGGCCCGGUUCGACGGCAUUGACCCCAUCACCGGAAAUAAGAAAUACAAGGCUAUCACCGUUCUGCAAGACCAGGCGGAGCGUAAGAUGAAUGCGAUCCCUCGGGAAGCCCCGGGUUCCUUCGUCGAGUUCCAGAUCUCACCCACCAUCACAGCCUUCGGUCUUCAGAAGAAGUUCGCGCCCAGCGUUGCCUUCGAACCCGAGACUCUGAAUGCGGACGUCUUGGACGCGCUGUCCGGAGACUUCGCCCGUGCUCUGAAGGAUUUUGCGGUGAUACUGAAUGACCUUAAACGCCUGUCUACACUGGGCGAUUUGCCCAUCUUGCUCCAUGACCGAUCCACGAUCCGUGUGCGAUUCCCUGGAUGUGAUGCAGAAACGGUCGAGCAAUUAUGUGACGAGGUCGGAGUUCAGCGAGGCAAAGUCGUGCAGGAUGACGACUUUGAUAUUCGUACCGGCGCGGAUGUCGCUUUGUUGUUCCCAUUUGCUCCCAGUGUGGCUCCAUCAUCGGACACUGAAGAAUACUUCUUCAAGAAUGUGCCAAAGGAUUCUAGGUGUGCUGAAGCGGUUGACUGGCAGGCGAUGCUGACCCCGUCGGAAAACCACACGGAAGGCUCUCCGGCCGACUCCCACCCCCAGCUGAGCUUCGAAGACAUCCCCCUGUUCGGCGAGAACCCGUGGAUGACAUCAUCCUCCGGUUAUUCCAGCAUCAACAUCAGUGAACUUGGAGACCGGGCAUUCUUUCCGGAGGCAGCAGCCUGCGCCCCGGCAAGCUCGUCAGGCUAUGAUGGCAGUGAUGGGAUCCACCAGUUUCUUAUAGAAUGUGAUCAAGCCGCAGGACGUCGUUGA